UCCAAAUCGUGGGAAUAAAUCCUGGUCUUAGUGCGGUAAUAUGUGGCGUACGGCUCGAACUUCAUUACUUCAACUUUACCUCCCGCUCUAUCCCUCCAGCUGUGGCUUCGACCUCCUGGAAAGUACCCUUACUGUGGCUACCACGAUGCUUGUGUACUGUCGCGCUGGCUCUCCCUUGUAUUCUAUCCUUCAUGCCUUGCCAACACCCGUCCUUCCUCUCCAUUAUGUCACCCGGCACAGUUUUCUGCACCCUGUCCGCUCCCGAGUCUGUUUGUGCCCCAGAUUCCCUGAACUUCUUCUGAAGUUCCGUGUUUUGCCCGGUCGCAAGCGCAGCAAGAGCAGAUGGCCUCAGGGUCUGUCUGGGACCGAUGUUAUAUAGUUGACAGUCCGUUUACUGAGCUGCGAGAAGCACAGUCUCCUUCCCGCCGGAAUGCAAUGGAGAGAAGCUCGAUGGACGCUCGGAAUCGCGAACAGGUGUCCUCGUCCCUCUCCGAC